AAGAUUGCGUCACAAGGCGGAUCGCUAUAAAAGAGGGCCGCGCAAAGGAUUUCGCUCUUUUCGGAACCCGAAGGCUUGGGUGACAUGGCGCUGCAAAAGGAUAAACUGAAAAAAGUAACUUGCAAGUAUAACCUUGAUCUUACCCAUCCUGUGGAAGAUGGCAUAUUUGACUCGGGAAACUUUGAACAGUUCUUGAAUGAGAGAAUUAAAGUCAAUGGAAAAAUGGGAAACCUGGGAAAUGUAGUUCACAUUGAACGUUUUAAAAAUAAGAUCACAGUAACGUCAGAAAAGCAGUUCUCAAAAAGGUACCUUAAAUAUCUCACGAAGAAGUACCUCAAGAAGCACAAUCUUCGUGACUGGUUGCGAGUGGUAGCGUCCGACAAGGAGACCUAUGAGCUGCGUUAUUUCCAGAUCAGUCAUGAUGAUGAAGGGUCUGAAGCUGAGGAAUAAUGAGUUUUUAAAUGGAGCAUCAUAUUCCUGAAUGAACAGAGUAUAUACACUAUCAACUAUUUAUGAGCGUGCAUUAACUUAUUACCGAACAGAUCUUGUAUGCUAUUUUAAAUAUCCUGUCACCUCUGAGAUAUAUUUUAAAAGUGUCAUUAAAUAGCUAUUCAGAAA